AUGCCGCCCAAGACAGCCGACGAGGAGCUCGCCGAACUGGAAUCGCUGGCUGAGGCUCCCGUACCCCCGCCCAAGCAUACCAAAGGUGCCCGCGCGCCACGACGGAAGAUCCAACAUCAGGAAGAUGACGAUGCAUUGAAGGAACUCGAGGAGCUUGAGCAAUUAGGAAAACAACAGCCAGCAGCCGCUCCACGCCAAGUCAGUCGGCCAAACACACCCAAGGUAUCCUCGUCGUCGACUACAUCGAGCAACCGUCGCGCACCAGGCGUGGCCACUCCCUCUUCUACUGGCUCGGCACGUACCAGUGAAGACAACAGGCCUGCAGCACCGAGGAAGUCGGGAGAGAGUACUCGUUCGUUCCACCAGAGCUUCGCGCCAACUGAAGAGGAGCCCGCCAAACGACAAGCACCUGAGCCUCGUGAGGAGAAGCAGUCAGGAGGGUCUUGGUGGGGAGGCGGAUGGGGAGGACUGGUAUCGACAGCCACUGCAGCUGCAGAGACGGCGAGAAAGCAAGCAGAGGCCGCCUACCAAGAAAUCCAGAAGAACCAAGAGGCUCAGCGAUGGGCAGAGCAAGUACGGGGGAAUGUGGGUGCUCUUCGCGGCAUUGGCGGCGAACUUGGCAAGCGUGCCGUACCUACUUUCACCAACCUACUGAACACUCUCGCACCACCAAUCUCACAACAUGAACGUCUCCAGAUCCACAUCACACACGACCUUAUCGGUUACCCCUCGCUCGACCCACUCAUUUACCAGACCUUUGCCCAAGUCAUGGCACAAGUAGAAGGCGGCGACCUCAUGGUCAUCCAACGAGGCUCAGAGUCAACACAGCGCGCAUCACUAGAAGGCUACCGAGGCGGAGGCGGAGGCUGGAAUGACGGACCAUGGUGGCGACACACUGGCAAGCGCGAUCUUUCUGUAGUCAAGGGACUAGUAGAGGGCACAAAGCUUGCACGAGUCAGUGCAGAGUCAUACGCAAACGAGUUCUUUAGUUCAAGAGGAGGUGUAGAGGAAGCUGCUAAGCAAGCUACCGAAGUCCUCAGUGAGACAAACCCAGUACGAAGUAGCGAUAUCUUCAUUGCGAUCCAGGCCAUUAGCUAUCCAGUGCAAGACGACCUCUUCGCCACAUCGUCCUCGGAGGACAAGUCGGACGUUCAAGAGCCAAAGGACGACGAGGAGCAGGUGGCGUUUGCAAUCUAUCUGCAUGAUCCCAUCCACGGCAUCUCCUUCAAGUCCAUCAGCCAGUCUUUCCCAUCGAAAUGGGUGGACUGGCUAGACGCGCCUGCCAAUACCGAGGCGGCGGGCGAGGAACCACAACUACCGCAAGAGAUUUAUGAUAUUAUUGAAAGCGGUGGUGUGGACCCAAGAGAAUGGGUCAGUGAGUGGAUGGAAGAGACGAUCAACUUGAGUGUAGGCAUCGUCGCACAGCGCUAUGUAGCAAGGCGGAUGGGAGUUGGAGAGGGAGGACUAGGCAGAGGAAAGGCUAGGGAAGCGGUUGUCGAUGCCGGAGGCGGCGAAGCUGCACGAGCGGGUAUCAUUUGA